AUGUCAUUUACAAAGUUUGUUUCAUACAUUUUAAAAUUCAUCGUAAAUGAUUAUGGUUUGGAAGCAUUAUCAAAAUCAUCGGAAAUUGACAAUAGAUUUAAUUAUAUGCUGAACUUAAUUGAUCUUGUACCGUUGGUUCUCGAUGAGAAUAAAAAUGGUUUACCUUUACCAAGUCAAGGCAUUAUUCAAAUUAUAACACAGCAUUCAUGCGUUCCACAAACACCAUUAUAUCAAUUAUUUCACCAACGAAUUCAAUCAUUGGCUGAUAAUGUCAAACAAAUACUCAUGGAAAUACAAAUGAAAAAAAGAGGUUCGAAAAUAUGA